AGACAAUUACAGAACUUUAUUUACCAACACUGUCGUUAUAUCAUUGUUUUGUUUAUUAGAUUCCUAAAAUGUUGCGGCAAAUUCUGUUUACCAAAGUGGGCCGUCGUCUGGCGCUACCUAUGGUCGCCCAAAAUCGCUCUGCCAGCAAUUUGGACAAAACUGAGUAUACAACACCCGGGGAAAUUGUGGAUUACGAUGAUCCGCCCCAUUUGCCAGUUCCAGAAUAUCCCAUCCGUCCUGAUGAGCCCCUGGAAACACGCAAGCAGCGCCUUUUGUAUCAGAGUCGAAAACGUGGAAUGCUCGAAAACGAUCUUUUGCUGAGCACUUUUGUGGCCAAACAUCUGAGGGAUUUCAAUGCCGAACAGACCGCCGAAUAUGAUCAAUUGAUCAAUGGGGUCAGCAACGAUUGGGACAUAUUCUAUUGGGCCACCGAAACAAAGCCUACACCCCCGCAAUUCGAUACUGAGAUAAUGCGACUUCUAAAGGAGCACGUCAAGAACCAUGAGAAGGUACAAAGGAUUAGACAACCUGAUCUAUAGACCACUUAACCCUAUUAACUACCCACACUAUAAGAAUGUGUAUUAGCUGAUGCAUUACUGAACUAUUGUAUUUUUGAAGGGUUUUAUUAUUUAAACAUUAAGAUAUUAACUUAUAAAAAAAGUUAUUUGGUAAUCUGACUAUUUGGCACUUGAAAUAUACAAUAUUCUUCACUUGUUA